AUGGAUCUAGAAGACAAUGCCAUGGGUUUAACCACAGAACAAACUGAUAAGAUAUUACAAUUUCAAGAUUUAACAGGAAUAGAGGAUAUGUCGAUAUGUAGAGAUGUUUUACAAAGACAUCAGUGGGAUUUAGAGGUAGCUAUUCAAGAGCAACUUAACAUUCGAGAAGGCAGACCAUCUGUAUUUGCCACAGAAGCAAGGGCACCUCCAGUGGUUCACGAUCAUAUUGCACAACAAGUUUUUACAGAUGACUCUCCAGAAGGCCCUGGUGGAGUUACUGGCUUGUUUCGUUAUGUAGUUAAUCUAGUUGUUUCCGUGUGCUAUAGUACAAUAUCAUCCGUUGUGAAUUUAUUAUUAAGUUUCAUAAGGAAUGAUGAUAGAAGAUUGGUCACAGAUCCACUUGGGGAUGUUAUGGGCUUUAUUCAUAAUUACACCUCCCGUUAUAACUCUCACCCAGUUUUCUACCAGGGAACAUAUUCUCAGGCACUUAAUGAUGCCAAGAAUGAGUUGAGAUUCCUUGUUGUUUAUUUGCACUCAGAGUCUGCACCAGAGACAGCCAACUUCUGCAGAACCACUCUUUCGGACCCUGAAGUGAUUAACUACAUAAAUACCAAUGCUCUCUUUUGGGGUUGCUCAGUAGACACAUCUGAGGGUUGGAGAGUGGCCCAAUCAGUUGGUGGUCGGAGAUAUCCACUUUUAUGUGUAGUGUGUGUCAGAGAUCACCGUAUGACGGUUGUAGCAAGGAGUGAGGGCCCUUGCUCUUCUCAUCAGUUAAUUAAUAGACUACAGAGGGUGGUGGCUGAAAAUGAACCUUACUUGAAUGCUGCUAGGGCUGACCGUGUGGAGCGUGAAGUGACAGCUCGUUUGCGAGCCGCUCAAGAUGAAGCGUAUGCUGAAUCAUUAGCUGCAGAUCAGGAAAAGGAGCGAAGACGGGCGGCUGACAGAGCAGCAAAGGCGCAGCGUGAGAACGAGGACUUGGAGCGCCGACAACAAGAAGAACGACAUAAGCAAGAGCUGGAGCAAGCGCGGAUAACGAUGGCCAGUCAGCUACCAGAGGAACCAAAAGCUGGACCAGAAGCUAUAGCGUUACUUAUCCGACUUCCCACUGGCGAGAGGUUAACGAGACGAUUCCUGUUUGCUCACACUACCCAGGAUCUUUACGAUUUCGUGUUCAGCCACCCACAAUCGCCUGAGGAGUUUGAAAUCACGACGAAUUUCCCUAAGCGUGUCCUCUCGCGAGGCCCCUCCAAACUUAUUGACGUCGGGCUCAAGGACCGCGACGUCCUCUUUGUUAACGAUGUCAACGCAUAA